AUGUAUUGGUUUGAUCAUAUCCAUCUUCCUCUGAGAUCGGUAACGUUCAGCAAACGCCGUCUAGGGCUUUUCAAGAAAGCCGCCGAACUCUCCGCCAUCUCCGGUGCUCAAAUCGCGGUUUUAGCGACUCCUCCUUCCGGAAACCCCAACGCCGUCUACUCUGGUCCCUUCGGUCACUCCUACACUGACGCCGUCGUCGACGCCUUCCUCAGCGGCCGUAUUCCGACAGCGCAUAAUUUCUUGCCGGACAAGAAUCUUGGGUCUGGGUUUUUGUCGGAGAACUGCGAUGACGAACUCGGAAUCCUCAUCGAGAAACUAAUAAGCGAUCUCAAGAACAGUCCUGGGUCUGGGUUUUUGUCGGAGAACUGCGAUGACGACCUCUUAAUUCUCAUCGAGAAACUAAGCGAUCUGAAGAACAAUCCUGGGUCUAGGUUUUUGUCGGAGAACUGCGAUGAUCCUGACGAACUCAGAAUUCAAAUCGAGAAACUAAGCGAUCUGAAGGACUGUGUGGGUAUAAUUCAGCGGAAGAGAGAGGAACAGAUCGUUUCUUGCGGACAUAAUCUUGACAAAGACAGCAACGCAAAGUCUGCGCAGUUCGAAGGGCUCUGCGAUCUCCAAGACAGAGACAAACUUCCUCCUCUGCAAUUUCCUGAAGGAUUCAACCAAUUGGAUCCGGAUCUCAUGAGCAUCGACGAAUAUUUGUCGGGAAACCGCAGUUUGUUCGAGGACUGGGGCCUUGGAACCGAUGCCCAGGAUGAAAGUUUCGAUGGUCUUGAUAUAACAGGGGAGUGGAUCAAAUUCGGCGAACAAGAUGAAGACAACAAUGGCGAUAAUGGGUUCGGCAUCGACUGGAAUAAUCCGACAAUGGACGACGUCUCUUACUUCGACUCCGGACAUCCGCUGGCCGAAUCUCUACACUGGUAG